UGAUUAUAAAUAUCUUUAAUCAUUCUGGCUUCUGUUUUUUAGGGACUCACCAUUAUUGCAUUCAAUGGUAGUCUUAACUCCAAAACUAUACGGGAAGUUCUCAGCCUUGGUCCAACAUUUGUUGUGAUGAAGUUUUUCGAAAGCAUUCUGGAUGUCAUCAUGAUGUAUGGUGCAUAUUCAACAACAAGACGACUAGCUGUUUCACGCAUUUUUCUCCGUUUCAUCUGGUUUGGUGUUGCGUCAAUCUUGAUAUCUUUCCUGUACAUAAAAGCACUCCAAGAAGAAAGUAAACCAAAUUCAGAUUCGGUCAUGUUCCGAUUGUAUUUGAUGGUUAUAGGCAUAUAUGCUGGUCUUCAGUUUUUUAUUAGUUUCCUGAUGCGUAUUCCUGCCUGCCACCGCAUUACAAAUCGUUGCGAUCGCUGGCCUUUAGUUCGUUUCAUCAAGUGGAUGCACCAGGAACGGUACUAUGUUGGACGUGGCAUGUAUGAGAGAAGCAGUGAUUUUAUCAAAUAUAUGCUUUUCUGGCUCAUUGUGUUGGGUGCGAAAUCUCAUUGCGUAUUCCUCCAG